AUGACACGACAAAGCCUACAGAUACCAACUACCUACCCUACUGUAACCUUCAUUUUCCUCGUGCUCCUCAUCCUUAUCAUCAUCACCGCCAUCUUCAGCGACAACAUCUGGGAGGCAAAUUUCGGCGCCAUCGACAAUAUCGCCACCUUCUCCUCAUUCACUCUCUCGCCCCCUCACCGCCAACCGCGCAGUCGUCUCCGAGCAGGCGACUGCGUCCUUGACAUCCCUACGGCUCCCCACGCCCCCCAACCGUCUUGGUCUGCCGUCACCUCAUCGGCCCCCGUAACGGUGUCUCGAAACCGCGGACCGGAAGCUGCUUUGGACUCCCAGAUCGUACAGCCUCCGUCACACGUCGUUCUUGUUCAGCAACGCUCGACCCCUGCCGCGGCAGACGCAACAGCUGCUGCCGUCGCCGCCACCGCCCCCUCCCAACGCUCGUUUAGAAAACUCGCCUACAUCCCACGUCGGUCCCGCCGCGCACCGGCAUCGCGUCUCUGGAACCCGACCAACUCGACCCCUCGCUCUCCCAACCCUUCCGCCGCUGCCGCCCCUACCCAUACUCAACGCAAGCGCCGCGUCUCUACGCCGCCUCCUCCCUCACUGCCCCUCGAGCACCCCGCUCUCGACACCUCGGCCGACGCCGCAGACCCCGUUGGCACAGGGUCGGCAGACUACCCGCUCCUGACGCUGCCUCAGGUCUUCCAGCUGCGCAACCAGAACCAGGAGCUGUCUCAUCAGCGCAACAGUAUCCAGGCCGAGCGCAGGGCGAGCAACGACCACCGCAUCAGCCUCCCCUCUUCUGUGCGCGCGUCGUACGACGGAAAGAGGUCGCAGGGAGCCACGCCCACUGUGCUUGAGUUUCCACGCGAACUCAAGGACGACGACGCUCACGACGACAACGCCGCCGCCGCAGCGAGCAGCAGCAAGGAUAGAAAAGGGAAGGGCAAAGAACCGACGAUGGCAGACGUUCAGGACAAGGACACGGGCGAUGCCUUCUCCAGGGACCUGGAGCGGGGACCAGAUGGCCAUGGCCACUACAACCGCCAGAGCAUGACUCUCGAUGAGAACCCGCCGCGCCACUCGACCGUGUCGGCCAUCGGGUCGGCCAUAUCCUCGUCCGACUCAUCCAUCAUGGGAGAGGACGUCCACGCCGACGAGGAUUCCUGGGGCCCCCAGCACCCGUGCUACCCUCACCUCAACCCGCACGUGCCCCCCGAUUCCCCCGCCUACAUUUCGACACGAAUCAUCCGCAUCAAGCGCGACUGGAUGAUCGAGGGUGACCUGGCACCGACAUUUUCCAACCUGUACCCGGAAAUCCUGGACCCGGCCGGCCUACCGGAGCACGAGUUUCGCCGCAUCAUCGAGACGCUCAACGGCGAGCUCAUCCCCAUCUUCAAUCCUUACAGUGUGCGCAACAUAAUCGACGGGCUCAUGGGCCUUGUCACGGGCUGGCUAUGGGACGACUUCGGGCUCACCAUGGCCAAGUCUAGGCUCGAGAAGCUGGAGGGAUGGAUUCAGGCAUGGAAUCGCGACAUGCGCAAAACUAUGGGAUCCCAAGACGGCAUCAUGGCGCCUCAGAUCAUUGGGCUCCGUCAAUCAGGAUAUAUGACGCUCGACAUUCAGAUACCUGACCCCGAGAUUGCUGCUGCACCACCCAGCACGAGUGGCGAAGGCCAUGGUUCAACAACAGCCGCGCCCGUGGAUCCUUCACCGGUAUCGAUCACUGUCUAG